AUGGCUCGUCCGGAUUUUGGUCAAGUGGUGGCCUGGUACAUUUGCACGGUGGUUGCGUGUCUCUUCCUCGUGGGUCGACUGAUUGUCCGCUGGCGACUCCUCAAGAAGCUCUAUCUCGAUGAUUGUUUCGUCGUGGCGGCGGCGUUGUGCCUGAUUGGCGACCUGGCCAUCCAGCACUACAUGUUCAACCUGGGCAUGUCAGAGAUGGUCAACACGACCAAGGCCGAGAAGAUCAGCAUGCAAAAGAUGAUCAUCCCCGGGUCCACCUUGUAUGUCACCUCGCUGUGGUUGAUCAAGGCCAGCAUGGUGUUGUUCUACAAGCGUCUCGCCGACCGCACCAAGUACCAGACCAUCUAUAACAUCACCCUCGGGGUUCUGGCUGCCGCCUGGCUGGUGCUGUUCUUCGACAUCGUCUUCAAGUGCUAUCCCCCCGACCGCCAGUGGAAGAGUAUUGAUGAUCCGACGUUGGAGUGCUCUGCGACCCAGUCGACGAUCAACUACUGGCUCACGAUUCUAUUCAACAUCUUCAGCGAUGUCUUCAUCAUUUGUCUACCCAUCUCCCAGGUCGCCCGGCUCAAGAUGCCCCGGAAGCAAAAGCUCGGAGUCAUCUCGGUCUUCCUGCUGGGUGUCAUUGUCGUCAUCACGAGCAUCAUCCGGGCCAUCUACUCGUCCCUCAACCUGCAGAUGAUUACCUGCACGGUGUCGAUGAUCGAGACGGCCAUCGCCAUCAUCGCGUCCUGCCUGCCCGUGUUGCGGACGCUGGUGUUUGGUUCCCACUCCCGCACCGGCACGUAUAGCGGCCGCCGGGGGUACGAGCUGUCCGGCUCCGGGCCCGCGGGGCUGGCCAGCAAGCAACACACGACGGUGUCGGUGUCACAUACGGGUCAGGGGGACUUGUCGCGACAUGACUCGGAAGACGAGCUGGUGAAGGCGGCUGGACGCCCAUCGACGGAUGAUCCCAAUGCCGGGAUCUCGGUGACGCGGGAGUAUUUCGUGCAUGAGGGAGCGAUGGAGGGGGCUGGAUUGCGGUAGGAGUCUAUUUCUUAUGUUGCUAUGUUCCUUCCUGCAGGUCGGUCAUCACUGGGCCAGCGACCUGCACGGCCCACCUCAGUAAUGCUCACUCGUCACUCUGCCAGUCACCGUCACGACAAUAGCCACCAUCCCGGUGGAGAUGCAUGCUAUGGCUUACGUGCCGCGUAUUGAGCAUGAGAGCG